UCCAAGCGCUGCUUUUUUUUAUUUGCUACAACAAAAAAUAAUAGUAUUAUAUUUGUUUCCCCUUUCUCCCUCUGCAUAAAUAAAAUGGUCAAAAUAAAUAAAAACAGAUGAAGUAUUUGUUUCUCCCUCAAGUUAAGGGAAGAGGAAUAGGAAAUCAGAAAUAGUAAACCCUUUUAUAACUUUAAUAAUAAAAUACAAAUUCACCAUCCUUGAUUUAUAGGUUUUCAAAAACAGAAUAAAAAAAAAACAAUGAAAUUUAUGAACAAUUUUUCAUAUAUAUUAUUUCACCAUUGACCUUUUGUUUGUUUUCUCACGAAUUGUAUAGUUAUAUUUCUCACAUUCAAAAAAAAUUUAUACAGUUAAAAUCUCGUGGAACCCAUAAAAAUAUUUUACGAUAUUUGGAUAACGGAUCGAUACAAAGAAAAAAAAAAAGUAAAAAUUUCAGAUGCUUAGACAUGAAAAUAACAAAUCUCAUCUCAAAUCUUUUUCCUAAUUAAUUAUAUUUUUCCACUCUCAAAAACUAAAAAGAAUUAGUAAAUAGAGGAUGAAUCAGUAAGAACGUAGCGGAUGCAUCGUUCGAUGGUAAUAAAACCAUCGUCAUUCCAUCAUAACUCAUCAUCUUCAUCCUCUAUCAUCGAUAAAUUCUAGAGAGAGAAAUAAAGUACAAAAUUUCAAACACAAAAUCAAUGUGAGAAAUAAAGUUUUUUUUUAAUCUGCGACACAUGCUGAGAACUUAAGUUGCAGUGUAGCAUAUAUUUAUAGUAGUACAAUUUCAGAAUUGAAAACCCUAGAAUUGAAACUCAGCGAUGGGCCGGUAUGGCCCAGUGGUAGCCCAAUGGUGGCCCAAUGACCUAAACGGUGCGUUUUGACUGGGAUUGAUACUAGAAUAACUCCAACUAAAACGAUGCGUUUUAACCUUCUAGAGUCUCAGAACUGAAAGGAGAUGCAGCUUCAGAGGAGAGAGAAAGAGCGGGAAACAGAUUAUAGCUUAAUCGGGAGAGUAUCUUGAUUCUUGGGCCUCGCCCUCUCUCAUAAAAACAACAACAACAAUGUGAAGUUCCAUGUCACGAGGAGCUGCAACGACAAUCACAGUUGUGGCAACAACAAUCACCAGUUGUAGUGAACUUAGCAACUUGACUGAAUGUAUGUAAAUUUGUAAUUUUUGCUUUUGAUCUGCUUAUCACCCCUACAACCAAUCGCCCUUUGCAUCUCUCACCACAAUCAUGAGGAGUGAAUUUUGUUUCAAGCAUCUAGUUACAGCCUACACGCUUGGUAUUAGAAGGUAAAUCCACAAUUUCCCAUGUACCAUUCUUUUCCAGGGCUUCUAAUUCUUUAUUUGUAUCUUCCAGCCACUUCGGGUCAUUGUUAGCUUGAGCAUAAGAAAAAGGCUCAACAGUAGACAACACAUUUGCUAGGCUAACAAGAUCAGCAGUACGUAAAUGAGAAAGUUCAUGACAAGUGUAGGCAUCAAAAAAAGAAGAAGGAAUAGAAGAAAAGGGUAUAAUAGAGGAAGGAACUACAAAAUCUUAAAAUUUUGUAGAAGACACUUUCUGUUUGUAUAUGCAUCUUCUAUAUCUUUUUUAUAUAAGGAGAGUUCAGAUAUUCAAUAUGAUUGAAGUGGCCAGUGCUGUAUUAAGAUACACAUAGCUUUGCUUUGGCCGGGUCAAAACAGUAUGCAAAUUGCAUUUGCAGAUUUACUUUUGGAUCAGUUUUGGAGAUUCAUCCUUGUGUAAGUUUUGGUGCUUGUUUCUUGAAUGAAGUGUGACUUGUCAUCAAAAUUGAACUAUGUGAAAAAAAUGAAAUGGACAUAAGAAAGAAGCUCUGCUGGGAGGAUUAUCUUGUCAAUGGCUAAAUACUUCAUAUUAGAUUUAUUGAGGCAUUGCAAAACCUUUCCCCAGCUCCAUCAGAUUCAUGCCAAUGCCAUUACCACAGGCACCCUCACUCUAUAUCCCUGCUUUCUUCUUCCAAAUGUUCUGUUUACAAUUGCCCGGCUUGCUGCUUCAAAUCGUGGUGCAGCGUCUUCAAGUAUGAAAAACUACGCUGUUUCAGUGUUCAACAUUAUAAGAUCACCGACCACUUUUUGCUACAACACAAUGAUGCGAGUUGAGAACCUCUUUCAUGCUCCUGCGUCAGCCCUCAUACUCUUCAUAAAAAUGCGCCGUGUUCUAGUUUCUCCUGACUUUCACACUUAUCCUUUUGCCAUUAAGGCCUCUGUUCACGUCUAUGCUAUAUUGGAUCGUCUCAGUGAUGCUUGCUUGUUAUUUGAAGAGAGUGGCCAUAAAGAUAUAAUAUCCUAUAAUGCGUUGAUUGAUGGCUUCAUGAAGGCUGGAAACAUUGAACGAGCACGUCUGCUCUUUGAUAAAAUGUCUAUUCGUGAUGCAGUCUCAUGGGGUACUCUGAUUGCUGGUUAUGCCCAUAUGGGGGAAUGCCAAGAGGCCAUUGACCUCUUCAAUAGCUUGCUACGUUCAUCAUCUGGAAUUCGUCCAGACAACAUUGCUCUGGUCUCUGUUCUUUCUGCCUGUGCACAACUUGGAGAUUUGGAGCAAGGCAGAGCAGUUCAUGACUAUAUAAUCCAGAAUGGACUUAAAGUGGAUUCAUUCUUAUUAACUGGCUUGGUGGACUUUUAUGCCAAGUGUGGCUGCAUCGAGAACGCCAUAAAUAUAUUUGAAUCAAGCGCUGAGAAGAAUUUGUUCUCAUGGAAUGCUUUGUUGAUGGGGCUUGCUGUGCAUGGCCACGGAAGGGCAUGCUUGGAUUACUUCUCGAGGAUGAUUAAGGGUGGAGUUCGACCAGAUGAUGUUAGUGUUUUGGGAGUUUUGGUUGGAUGCAGUCAUGCAGGUCUCGUUUGUGAAGCACGUAAAAUUUUUCGAGAUAUGGAAUCUGUAUACGGGGUUCAUCGAGAACUAAAGCACUAUGGUUGCAUGGCUGAUUUGUUUGGACGUGCUGGUUGUGUUGGAGAAGUAUUAGAACUGAUAGAACAUAUGCCAAUGCAGGGUGACAUCUUUAUCUGGGGAGCUUUGCUUGCUGGCUGUAGAACAUAUGGCAUGGUUGAAGUUGCUGAAGAAGCAGCUAAGCAUGUACAGAAGUUGAACCCUGAAGAUAGUGGGCUUUACUCAGUAAUGGUUGACAUUUAUGCUAAUUCUGAUAUGUGGGAUGAUGUUGCGAAAACUCGGAGCUCCAUAAAGACUAGAAGGAUCAAGAAGAAUGCUUCUUGUAGUUUGAUCAAGCUGAAUGACACUACUCAUGAGUUUAUAGCUGGUGAUAGUUCACAUCCUCAAAAGGAUGAGAUAUAUAUAAUUUUGAGUGGUCUGGUAAACCAUCAAUCUGAAGUUUCACUAUAACAAAUCUACAAAAUAUGGAUGUGGAAGAAGUAUUGGUUGAUGAUUAUUUUCAUUUCUUGGUUCAUCAAUUACACCAGAAUGGAACAAUCAAAGAAUCUGUAUUCCGCAGAUGCAACAGGAUAUUAUUCUACAAGAUAUGUUGGUUUGGAAUAUGAUGAAGCAAAGUUUAGUACUGUACUGAAUGAGUGGGGAGAUCAAAUCAGUAAAUAAAAUCUUAAAUCACCACAGAACAACUAGAGCUUACAGCGGUCAGUAUGAUUCCAUGACAUUUUUGAAUUGCUCUUGCUUCUAGUGUAGUGGGCUUGCUGAUGUUAUGUAUCCUGAAUUCAGCUAGUGAGGAAACAUGCUAAAGAAAUUGUCAUUUGACA